AUGAGACAAUUUGUGAGCCCUCUUCUUGCACUUGGCUGCCUCAUUGGCAAUGCCGCAGCAGCAUGGCCAAAUGGACCAUUCAGAACCUCUGGCCGAUGGAUCGUCAACGCCAAUGACGAGAAGGUCAGCCUUGCUGGUGCCAACUGGCCUGGUCACGGCGAAGUCAUGGUCCCUGAGGGUCUCCAGUACCAGUCCAUUCAGGAUGUCAUCUCGGAUAUCAAGGGCAUUGGAAUGAACGCCAUCCGACUCACCUUUGCCACCGAGAUGGUUGAUCAGAUCUACGCCAACGAUGGCAAAGACAUUGAUAUCAAGACUGCUUUUGAAGAGGGUCUUGGAAAGGAGAACGGAACUAUUGUUCUUGAGAAGGUGUUGAAGAACAACCCUUCAUUCACUCCCGAGACAAAACGCCUCGAGGUUUACGACGCUAUUGCUGCCGAGUGUCUCCGUCAAGAGAUUUAUAUCAACCUUGACAACCACAUUUCCGAAGGCAAGUGGUGCUGUGGCGGUGAAGAUGGUAACACCUGGUGGGGAGACACCCAGUUCGACGCAGAGAAGUGGGUUCGAGGCGGUGCUUACAUGGCUGCUCACGCCAAGAACUGGCCCGCGAAGGUCUCUCAGUCUCUUCGCAAUGAGCCUCGUGAGCCAACCAACAACAAGAAGCUCCGCGAUGAGUCAUACAACUGGAGUGACCUUUACAAGUACAUGCGCCAGGGCGCCGAUGCUGUCCACAAGGCUGACCCUGAAGCCGUCAUCGUCAUCUCUGGUAUGAACUACGACACCUACGUCACCCCUCUUUACAGUGGCGAGGAGCUUCAGCCCGGCGGUGAGGUCUUCAACCGCGAUGACUUCGUCGGUUACGGAAAGGACAAGCUUGUUCUUGAGAUCCACACAUACGAGAACAAGGGAACUAGCUGCCCUUCUCUUCGAUACAACCUCUACAACAAGGGCUUCCAAGCUAUGAAUGAGUCUGACCCCAACGUUGCUGAGGUCUUCCCCGUCAUGUUGACUGAGUUUGGUCAAGCCAUGAACGGAGCAGACUACGAGACUGCCAAGACUUAUAUCAGCUGCUUGUCUGAGUAUCUUCCUGAGAUGCAAGCGAGUUGGUUCAUCUGGGUUAUUGUUGGUCGGUACUACACCCGUCAGGGUAUCCAAGAGUUUGACGAUUCUUGGGGAAUGAAGAAGCCUGAUUGGUCUGGCUGGAGGAACGAUGAGUACAUCGAGACUUAUCUCAAGCCUCAAAUCGAGGGCACAUUGAGAAAGUAG